GACCGGGGGCACGUAGAAUUUUGUUUUGGGCUGUAACAUAACGAAUUAUUGUAACAUUUGGAUCAUUCGUAAGCAAUUUGCUUCUCAGAAACCAAGCAGUGCACCGUCAUUACUCUUCUCUCUUGCAAGUCAGUUCGUUUUCACGUGUAAGUGGGACAUGUAUCGUCGCGGAGCGGCUAAGAAAGACCACAACAACAAACCGGUGAAGAAGGACGUGAGUGACAGUGAUAAAUACGCCGACCUCUUGGUGUUCGGCUAUGCCUGCAAACUGUUUCCAGACGACGAACGGGCUCUUUACCACGAACAUGGAAAACAUCUUAUCCCAUGGAUGGGGGACAAGAGCAUCAUGAUUGAUAGGUACGAUGGGCGUGGUCACUUACAUGACCUUUCAGAGUAUGACAGCGGGUCAUGGAAUACAUCCUACCAGCUGUCGGAGGAGGAGGACAGGAUUGAGGCGCUCUGCGAUGAGGAGAGGUACCUGGCUCUGCACACCGACCUGCUGGAAGAGGAGGCGCGUCAAGAGGAGGAGUACAAGCGUCUGAGUGAGGCUCUGGCUGAUGAAGGCUCCUACAAUGCAGUGGCCUUCAAAUACAGUGCUGACUACUAUGACCCCUCUCAGCCCACAGAGGAGGAGGAUGCUAACAAGGAAACCGAAGAGGCAGAGCCUGAGGAGAGUGAGGAACCAUUCGUUGCUCCCCCAGGCCUCGCCAUCCCUCCCGAUGUGGAACUGCCGGCAACCAUCAAGACCCAUAACAUCAUCGAGAGGACGGCCAACUUUGUAUGUCAGCAGGGGGCUCAGUUUGAGAUAGUCCUGAAAGCUAAGCAGGCUGGUAACUCCCAGUUUGACUUUCUUCGUUUUGACCAUUACUUGAACCCUUAUUACAAACACAUCCUGCGGGCCAUGAAGGAAGGUCGAUACAACCUUGUCUCCGCCAGCAAGCAAGAGCAGUCACAGGACUCCCACUCUGAUGAUUCAGAUGAGGAUGGGGAUGGAAGUUACCUCCAUCCCAGCCUGUUUGCCCCAAAAAAAUGCUCUCGCCUGGAGGAGCUGGUGAAGCCCCUAAAAGUAAUGGACCCAGACCAUCCUUUGGCAGCACUUGUACGAAAAGCCAAAGAGGAAAGAAAUGGCACUGCAGCGAUGACAACCACACCAGAGGAAGUGCCAAACACAGCAGCAUCCAGCGCACCAGCGCAGUACACUACUGACCCAAAUGCAGCAGCAAUGUACUAUGGGUACUAUAUGCUUCCUGAUGGAACGUUCUGCUUGGCCCCACCUCCCCCGGGAAUAGAUACCAGCACCUACUACAACAAUAUGCCCUCAGCUGUCAUGGCUAACCCUACGUCUUCUGGGGCUUUGCCUAAUCUGGGAACUACACCUUCCCCUUCUGAAACUACUGCUAUGGCACCACCAGCUACAGCCCCAUCUCAAGUCACCAGCUCUGCUACUCCUGCUGUUGUACCAGAAACCAGUUUAAAACCGGAAGCUCAAGUUUCCACACAAGCACCACCAGCCAUCAUUCCCCCACCACCUGACAUCCAGCCAGUCAUAGACAAGCUGGCCGAAUACGUUGCAAGAAACGGUCUUAAGUUUGAGGCCAGUGUCCGUGCCAAGAAUGAUCCACGGUUUGACUUUCUGCAGUCUUGGCAUCAGUACAACACCUAUUACGAGUUUAAGAAGAAUUACUUCAUGCAGAAGGAAGGGAAAUGCUUGGCAGAGAGCGAGACAGUAGACGAUGAAUCAGACGCGUCACUCAAAGACUCCAAGCUGACAAAAGCCUCUUUCGCCCCCAUCUGUUUUGCCAUCAAGGCAAAGGAAAAUGACAUGCUGCCACUGGAGAAGAACAGAGUUCGGUUGGACGAUGACUCAGAUGAGGACAAGUUGCUGGAGGAGCAGGGCCUGGAAGCUGUGAUGGCCCGGGCUGAAAUGGCUGACGAGGAGCCUCCUCCCGUCAAUGCACCAGAGGAGAAGAGACCCUCCCUCAGUUUGGAGGAGUUGGAGGCAAAACAAGCCAAGCAGAAACUGGAGGAUCGUCUUGCAGCCGCAGCCAGGGAGAAGCUGGCCCAGGCAUCGAAGGAGUCCAAAGAGAAACAGCUACAGGCAGAGAGAAAGCGGAAGGCAGCGCUCUUCCUACAAACCCUCCGCAGCCCCUUCAGCGGGGAGCCUGAGGCGAAGAGAGCUGAGCUCGACCCCUCUGCACAGCUUGAGAUGCAAGAAGCCCUCUCUAUCCUGUCUGAUACUGCACCCCCUCAAGUGUCCUCUGCACCACUUGCGUAUUCUCAGGAACAAAGGCCCACCGUGGAGAUCCAAGGAGCCCAUCGCAGCAAGGAGGUCCCAUCCUGCUCAACCUCCUACACCAGCUCCAGAGGAGCAGCCAGAGACAGAGACAGAGACCGAGACAAAGAUAGAGCUAGAGAUAGAGACGGGGACAGAGAUAGAGAUAGAGAUCGAGACAGGGAUAGAGAUCGAGACAGGGAUAGAGAUCGAGAUAGAGAUAGGGAUAGAGAUAGAGAUAGGGAUAGAGACAGAGACAGGGAAAGAGACAGAGACAGAAACAAAGGGAGGGACAAAGACAAAAAGAAGAAAAAACACAAGAGGAGGUCAAGAUCGAGGUCAAGGUCGAAGUCAAAGCCUAAGAGCAGACACUCCCUUCCCAGUGCCUACAGGAGAGCCCGCAGGUCCCGAUCCUGCUCACACUCGCCCGGGAGAAGGGACAGGAGGGGCCCCUCAUCAGAGAGGAGACGUGAAGAGAGAGAGCGGGAGCGCUAUCAUCCCAGCAGCAGCUCCAGCCUGCCCAGGGGGCAUUCCAGAUCCAGGUCCCCUCCAGAAAAGAGGAGGAGCUCCCUGUCAUCCUCAGGACAGAUGCAUACUGCGGGUUUCUCUCUCUCCCCGUAUUCCUCACCCAGCAGAGUCCUGUCCCCAUCUGCUAGCCCCACCUCCAGCCUGGCCCACUCCAGGGGUGGCUCUCUAGAGAAAGACAAGGCAGUGUCCUCAUCCAUAGUAUCCGCUGUUCAGUCCAAAAUAACUCAGGAUCUGAUGGCCAAAGUGCGAGCCAUGCUUGCCACCUCUAAGACCUUCCAUCCUCCCAAUUCCUAAAGAGGGCGCGACUUUCUAAUAGCCACAACAGCCUCGGCCAAUCAGAGAGCGGCAUUCUCCGAUUUCCUGGAGGUUUAUUCAGCUGGGAUUUCAUCUCCCCGUGUCCAUCCUUGAUUUAUCAUUUCACCUCGAUUUUAGCUUUGGCAGAUUCAGUUUGGCUACGUUGUCUUCUGCAGCGUCGAGCUGAAACAUCUGGUUUCACACCUGCCCUGAGAAGCCCCGAGAGGCAAGUGAGAAAAAAUAUUCUCCAGAUCCUUUUAUUAAGUCUGAUCUUAAUUUUCUCUCCUGUGUUUAUGACUUAAGAGGAGGUGGAAAAAAAAUUCUGAACCGUUUUUUUUCUUAUCUGUGAAACAAGUCGAAAAAAAGGAUUUGACAGUUUGCUUUUCGUGGCUUCCUGCCAGAAAGCUUUCUGGCAGUUAAUGUUGUGAAAGGGUCUUUUUAAAGCAAACCAAAGUAAGUAGUUUUGGUGGCUAAAUUUAACUAAACUGCCACUGAAAACUGAAAUAAGUCAAUAAGUCUCCGGAGUGACAGGUCUGACCAUCACAUCGAUCACAAGCUUCUCCUUAAACUUCUACCAUCUGCAGUGCCCCUCAGCCUCCUGCGGCCGAAAGUAGUAUUACAACAACAAACACUUCCGUGCAAAAAGAAAAUCACCUGCCGAAGUUUUCUUUACUACAAAACUUCACUUAGAAAAUUAGCUUAGCCAAACUUUUCUUUUUUUUUUCUUUUUUUUUUGUUCCGCUUGCAAAACUUUUUUCCAACCUGUUUUACAGAUGAAAAAAAUGAAGAUAUCAUGACAUUUUUUAAAAAAACUGGUUCUUAAGUCGUCAACACAGGAGACAACAAAUUAGAUCAGACCUAAAAAAAAUAAAGAAUAUAUCACCAGUAUUCUCUCAGUUGCCUCUCGGGGCUUCCGUAGGAAACAGCUCAUCAGCUGGGAGAUCAUGUCAGCAGUUGACAUGUUUUGGUUCAGGGAGAAUCAAAUGUGGGAAAAAAAAUCCACUUUAUUUUGCAUCCUGUUUUAAAACACUCUAUUUUACUCCCACGUGGUGACAGUCAUUUUUUGCAGCAUUACCUAAAGCUGCUGGAGGUCUGUAUUCUCUCCUUCUAUGAAGGGUUGUGUUGUUUUGAUAAUUUCAGUUCUCUCCUCCCUCAGCUGCUAUUCUCUGCUGAUGUUUUCCCUCUUACGUCCUCCCCCAGCUGUCUUCUAUCUCCAGCACCUCACCGUUCAACACAAGAAGCCGUGUUAAUUUUCUUCCUCCUUCAGCUCUAGUGCGUGGCCUUCUAUUUCUGUUCCUGGUUUGUACUGUAAUAAAUUUAAUGCAGAACAACUUUGUAAUCUAAACUGUCAAUAAAAUUUCAAUUAUGAUUUACUUGA